GGCCGGCGGAUUCAGGCCCGGGGCUGCGGAGCCACGUCCCGCCUUCCGGGCGCCAGGUGCUGGAGACGCCAUGGAGCCCCGGGCGGUGGCCGAUGCCGUGCAAACGGGGGAAGAGAACAUGGUUAUGGGGGCUCUGCUCGCUUACAACCGGGAGAACUCCCAGAGCUUCACAUUCGAUGACGCCCAGCAGGAGGACAGGAAGAGACUGGCGGAGCUGUUGGCGUCGGUCCUGGAGCAGGGCUUGCCACCGUCCCGCCGCGUCACCUGGCUGCAGAGCAUCCGCAUCCUGUCCAGGGACCGCAGCUGCCUGGACCCAUUUACCAGCCGCCAGAGCUUGCAGGCAUUUGCCUGCUAUGCUGGGAUCUCCGCCUCCGGGGGCUCGGUCCCCGAGCCCCUGGACAUGGACGUUGUCCUCGAGUCCCUCAAGUGCCUGUGCAACCUCGUGCUCAGCAGCCCGGUGGCACAGGUGCUGGCAGCAGAGGCUCGCCUGGUGGUGAGACUCGCAGAGCGCGUAGGGCUGUACCGCAAGAGCAGCUUUCCACACGACGUCCAGUUCUUUGAUUUGCGCCUUCUUUUCUUGCUAACUGCGCUUCGCACCGACGUGCGCCUGCAGCUGUUUCAGGAGCUGCGGGGAGUGCACCUGCUGACAGAUGCGCUGGAGCUGACCCUGGGAAUGAGCCCGGAAGAGAGCCCCCCUGCGCUCCUUCCUCCCCAGGAGACUGAGCGGGCCAUGGAAAUUCUCAAAGUGCUUUUCAACAUUACUUUCGACUCCAUAAAGAGAGAGGUGGACCAGGAAGAUGCUGCCCUUUACCAGCACCUGGGAACCCUUUUGCGGCACUGUGUGAUGAUCACUGCUGCUGGAGACCGUACAGAGGAGUUCCACGGGCACACGGUGAACCUCCUGGGGAACUUGCCUCUCAAGUGUCUGGACGUCCUCCUCACCCUGGAGCCACAUGAAGGCUCCCUGGAAUUCCUGGGAGUGAACAUGGAUGUGAUUCGUGUCCUCCUUAGCUUCCUGGAGAAGCGUCUGCAUCAGACGCAUAGGCUGAAAGAGAGCGUGGCUCCUGUGCUGAGUGUGCUGACAGAGUGUGCCCGCAUGCACCGCCCCGCCAGGAAGUUCCUGAAGGCCCAGGUGCUGCCCCCACUGCGGGACGUGAGGACCCGGCCCGAGGUGGGGGAGCUGUUACGGAACAAGCUCGUUCGCCUCAUGACACACCUGGACACCGACGUGAAGAGGGUGGCAGCUGAGUUCCUCUUCGUCCUGUGCUCGGAGAGCGUGCCCCGGUUCAUCAAGUACACAGGCUACGGGAACGCCGCUGGUCUCCUGGCUGCCAGGGGCCUCAUGGCCGGGGGCCGGCGUGAGGGCCAGUACUCAGAGGACGAGGACACGGACACAGACGAGUAUAAGGAAGCCAAGGCCAGCAUAAACCCAGUGACCGGGAGGGUGGAGGAAAAGCCACCAAACCCCAUGGAGGGCAUGACGGAGGAGCAGAAGGAGCAUGAGGCCAUGAAGCUGGUGAACAUGUUUGACAAGCUCUCCAGGCACAGAGUCAUCCAGCCCAUGGGGAUGAGUCCCCAGGGUCAGCUGACGUCCCUGCAGGAUGCCAUGUGCCAGACCAUGGAGGGGCAGCUCUCCUCAGACCCCGACUCGGACCCCGAUUGAGAACAGCCACUGUUCUACUCCCCCUUCAGAACUGGUGCUGCUUCCAGACAUGUCCAUGCGGCUGUGACUGGGGGAAGCCACAGCCCUCUCUCCACCUUCUCCUUACUCCCAAAGUCCUGUUCACAAUUUGCCUCUGGUCCAGUUUCUUACCUCUAGGACUGCGAGGGUCUUGUCCUGCUACAGCUCUGGGAACUCGGCCUUGAUUUUCACAAACGAAGUGGUUUGUUUUAUGUGCGCAGGGGCUGCUGCCUGAGGGCAGAGCUACCUGGAUGCACAAAGGAGCGGGAGGCUGAGGGCUGAGCCUGGGUGCGUGCAGACGCAAGCACUUCCACAGCUGGCCCAGAACCGGUGUGUUGGGCAAGCGCUACCUUUCACAGGGGAAAAGAACCUGCUAGAACUUUAUAUAGCAGUGUCAGAAACAGACUUCCACAGUAUGCUCUGCUCACUCUUUGCCCACUGAGCACAGGGUGGGUGGGCUCUUGUGCAUUCUUGGUCCUGGCUCAGCCACCUGCUGUAGUGUCCACAGCACCCGAGUUCUCACCAGUGGUGACAGGUGAAUCUUGAGCCUUCCCACUGGCUUAGAGCAUAAAUACACGAAGGAAAACGCCCCUUGUGAAA